UUACUGCACUCAAUUCAUUUUGAGAAAAAAAAAAAAAAAGAUUUAUUCCACGAUAUUCAUUGGUGGAAGCAGAUUGAAAGUUUAAGUGCGUAGAACCGGUUGACUUCUCAAACAGGAUAUCCUCGACCUGUUGAGGUAGAAUGCCUCGCCAUGGCCAACUUUGGGGGCCACGCCAUUCCUGGCUCCUUCUUCUUGCUCUUUGGCUUAUGGCUGACGGUCAAACACACGCUCCAGCGCUACUGGCGGAAUAACCAGCUCAAAGGCAGAGCACUUUUGCCCCCUUUCUUUAAACGAAUGGACUACAUCGAGGGAGGCUUGCAAAUCUUUGCCUCGUUUGUCGGCAUCAUGGUGGAACAGUUCGUUGUGGACGGGCCACAUGCUCGCCUCUACGACGCGCACAACCAUUCAUGGGUCAAGCUGAUGAACUGGCAACACUCCACCAUGUAUCUCUUUUUUGGCAUCUCUGGAAUCGCUUUGGUGGUGAGCACCGCGUCCAAGCUGGUGCCGGUUGGCGUGGACCGCCUUGCUCUGUCCUUAGCUCUUUUUGUGGAAGGAUUUCUGUUCUACUACCACGUGCACAGUCGCCCCCCGCUGGACGCCCACAUCCACUCCUUGUUGCUGGUGGCCGUGUUCAGCGGGUCGGCCAGCACCAUGAUGGAAGUGUUCAUGAGAGACCGCUUCAUUCUGGAGAUGCUGAAAGCCGUCUUGUUCAUCCUGCAGGGCUCGUGGUUUUACCAGAUCGGUUUUGUUCUUUACCCGCCGAGUGGCCCGCAGUGGGACUUGACUUUGCACAACAACAUCAUGUUUGUCACCAUGUGCUUCUGCUGGCAUUUGGUGCUGGCUUUGUUUGUUGCCACCUGCACCUCGACUGCAGUUUGGAUUACCACAAGGAGAAUGUCCAGAAGAGCGCGGGACAUCGAGAUGGUGAUGCGAAAAAAGUCAUCCACCGCGAACUCUGAGAAAGCUUUGCUUGAAGAGUCAGAAGAGGAGUAACGGCUUUAAAAUGUUUGUUGUGAGAAAAAUGAGGACUGUAUUUGCACUGGACUAGCCUAACUGAAUUUGAGGCUUUAUUUUUUUGUUUUUAAUCUGAUGUUAUUCUGGUCUGAAAUGCACACAGUGGAUCCGGUUGCCCAAAACCAUAUUUCUAUCAAAUUUUUAUCCUGCUUGGCCUUAUUAGAUUCACAAGUGAGCUGAGCCUCUCCUAUCUAACGUUGAGCAGGAGGACCGGUCAUCAGUCAACAG